CGCGCACACAAAAAGCACACACACGAGCACGUCCGACUGAACCCGCACGUGGUGGCGGACGAGAAGACGACGACGACGACGAUGACGAUGAUGAUGUUCUCGCUUCUACUUCUACUCUGCAUACACUGUCCCGUCAGUAUGUCAGUGACCGUGAGCUCGUCUAAAACCAAAGUGGAGGUCCAUGAACACACAGAUGCUGUCCUGUCCUGCGACUUCCGCACCGAGAAGGACCAGAACCCUCGAAUCGAGUGGAAGAAAAAAGAAAAAGCUGUGACCUUUGUCUACUUUAAUAACAAAUUCAUCGGCUCGUACGCAGGCCGGGCCAAGAUGGAGGGAGCCGCUCUGACCAUCCACUCUGUCACACAGAAAGACUCCGGGGAGUAUCGCUGCGAGGUGACCGCCAGCGACGACCACGUCAACUUCGGAGAGGCCACGGUGACCCUCGAUGUACACGUGCCCCCCCACAUCCCGUCGUGCGAGGUGCCCUCCUCGGUGUUCGCGGGCUCCGACCUGGAGCUCCUGUGCAAAGACAAGCAGAGCGUGCCCCCGGCGACGUACAGCUGGUACAAAGACAACAGGGCCCUGAAGGUCUCGUCCGACGCGGCGUACAGCAUGGACGCGCGCAGGGGCACGCUGAAGUUUACAAGCGUAUCCAAAGUGGACUCUGGGAUGUAUCGCUGCGAGUCCUCCAACAGUGUGGGGGCACCCAAGAGCUGCGUGGCGCAACAACUAAAAGUUAUUGACUAUCCGGUGGAUAUCACCAUUUUGAUCGCCGGCGCUUCGGGUUUCGUGAUCGUCACGCUCCUCUGCUGCAUCUGUGUGUGCGUCUGCCGCCGUCGAGGACGCCGCGAGAAAGAGAAGAAAACAAAAAGCACCAAGUCGUACAACCCUCCUCCUCCUCCUCCACCUCCUCCGCCCAUCCACAACAUCAAGACCUACAAAGCCACUCAGUCCUUCAUGAUCUGAUGUGUGUCAUGAUGUCAAAGCAAUCCAAAAGUCCACAUUUAUUGAUCAAUACACUGGACCGUUUCGCCCCCACGCUGGUAUUUUCUUAAAGACCAAAACAUUAAAGCAGACUUUUGUCAUAAUCCUUCCUGGAGCCCAGACACAAUUGUGGCUAAAGGGCAAUUUCUGCCAUGGCGAAGUUCUUCUUCUUCUUUUUUAUGAAGAGGGUUUGAUUAUUUGCUUUUUCUGUGACACUAAAGGCCCCAGCUUUACAAGUCGACUUAUUUUGGCAAACUAAUGAAGAUUCCCGCUGUGUUUUAUCUAUUUUUUUUUUUUAUUUUUUUUCCAUGCACAGAACCUUUAUUUUUGUCGUUAUCAUAUUCAUAUACUCUGGUUUAACAAACCGUACGUGUUGUGUGUAAACGUGUUAUAGUUACUCUCUUUCACUUUUUGUUUGCGCGUGAACUAAGGAACAAAUGGGCGGGUGUCUGCAAACGCUGAAAGAUCUUUGUACUAAUUUCAGCGUUUUGACGAACAAAUAUAAUAAAUCAUCAUCAAUCUGGCAGCCUCUUCAGCCGAAAAGAUUGGAGUUGCGCGUUUCUAAAUUCAAGCUUCAUCUUUCAAAAUCUAUUUCAAAUUUGUCUUUUUUAAUAAAAGAGGUUUGUCUUUUAAAAAAAACAAAACAAUACAAUGAAUGAAAUAUUGAAAUAAAGUGAACAAAAUAAACAUUUUAAAAUGUUAAGAUGAUAUAAUAAAUUCAUUAAUAAAA